GCCGCCGUAGUGCGGGGGAGGGGGGCGGUGUUCCCGCGCGCGGGGUUCGAACCGCGGGCGGCAGGGCUUGAGCCCUGCACAGCUUGUGGUCCCAGAUCCUCCCGAGUGCCUUCCUCUGGCUUUUUUGGGGGUGGAGGUGUACGUUUGCAGCGAUGGAAGCCUUCAAGUCUCAGAACAACUUGGUCCACAGGGAGAGACCUGAUGCAGGGCCAGUUUCUGUCACUAUACCAGCAUCUCCCUUCAUGCAGAAGCUUGGAUACGGCACUGGGGUCAACGUAUACUUGAUGAAAAGAUCUCCCAGAGGUUUGUCUUGCUCCCCUUGGGCUGUGAAGAAAAUUAGUUCCAAAUGCAACAGGAGCCAGCAAAGCAUCUAUCAGCAGAGACUGAACGAAGAAGCCAAGAUUUUGAAAGACCUCCAGCACCCAAACAUUGUGGGUUACCGUGCAUUUACUGAGGCCAACGAUGGAAGCAUGUGUCUGGCCAUGGAGUACGGAGGAGAAAAAUCUCUCAAUGACUUAAUUGAAGAAAGAAGUGCAAAACGGUUGGGCCCUUUCCCUGCUGCCAUGAUUUUCAAAGUUGCCUUGAGCAUGGCAAGGGGGCUGAAGUAUCUUCACAACGAUAAGAAGCUGCUCCAUGGGGAUAUCAAGUCUUCAAACGUGGUCGUCAAAGGUGACUUUGAAGCCAUCAAGAUCUGUGAUGUGGGAGUGUCCCUGCCCCUGGAUGAGAACAUGACAGUGAGCAACCCAGAGAUGUGCUACAUUGGCACUGAGCCCUGGAAGCCCAAGGAAGCUCUGCAAGAUGAUGGCGUGAUCACCGACAAGGCCGACAUCUUCCCUUUUGGGCUGACUCUCUGGGAAAUGAUGACCCUCUCCGUGCCCCACAUCAGCCUGAGCGGUGACACUGAUGAUGAAGGUGAAUCUUUUGAUGAAGACUCCUUUGACGAGGAAGCAUACUACGCAGCCCUGGGAACCCGCCCAGCUCUCAACAUGGAUGAGCUGGACCCAUCCUACCAGCACAUGAUUGACCUUUUUUCUGUCUGCACCAGCGAGGACCCCAAGAAGCGCCCCUCGGCCGCGUGCAUCGUGGAAGUGCUAGAGGCGAGUCUGCCCCAGGAGUGAGAGCAUCCGCACUCCUGCAGCAUUUACCCUUAUAGCAUGGGAAACCUGCGCUGUGUACUUGAUACCAGACCCUAAACCUGUUGAACAUGCCUGAGGUGACUGGGACUUGUUCUGCUUCUAGGGCACUCCCCUUCUGCCCACACUUAGGUCCUAAAUAAGCUACAGGCUCUCUGCAGUAGUUUUGCAUUUAAACCCCCCUCCCUCUCUUUUUGUGUUGAAUUAACAACAAUUUUAGGACGGAGACAUUAAAAAUAUAUUUUCUUCUUCA